AUGGCAUCCGAGAACGAGCACCGCGCCCAGGCGCAAUAUGAGCCGGCGCAAGCAGCAAUACUCGACAGCAAUAAAUCCGAAUCGCUAGCAAACAUGUCUGUGGCAACCAACGGCCAAGCACCUCCCCGACGUAACCCCCUAUUCGACGACGACGACGACGACGACGGCGACGAAGUAGCCUCCACAACCUCCUCCUCCAACCACGACACCGUCUCCCCGACUGUAACCUCCCCUCCAUACUGGCACUCAACAUCCCACCCCCCAAACCACCCUGCCUCGAACGGUCUCCGCCCUUUAUCCACCGCCUCCAUCGAAUCCGUCCUCCCACCCGGGGCGAUAACCCUCCAAGACAACGAAUCCGACCUCCCCUCCUCCCACUUCCCAUCCACAUCCCCAACCACGCCUCAAGACCGCAAUCGCUCCUGCUGGGCGAGAUCGGUGACAAUAACGGAUUACAUCACGAUCAACACUUCCUCGACCAACAUCGGGGCUUUCACAGUCUGGAAUAUUUCGGUAGAGACGCUAGAAGGGCCGAGGAUAAAUAUUAGGAAGCGAUACAGCGAGUUUGAUGAUUUGAGAAAAAAGUUGAUCAUGACGUUUCCUGGGUUUGAGGCUGCGGUGCCGGAGUUGCCGCCAAAGAGUUUGGUCAAGAGGUUUAAGACUGGGUUUUUGGAGAAGAGGAGGGGGGGGCUGCAGUAUUUUUUGAAUUGUAUACUGUUGAAUCCUGAGUUUAGUGGGGCGCCGGUGGUGAGGGAGUUUUUGUUUAGUUGA